AUGAAUGAAUCAGAAGACAGCAUCCAGUGGCCUAUAGGGUCCACCAUUGACGACAUCGGUCCCCUGUGGUACCUAUCAUACUUCACGCUGGUCCCGUGUGUGAUCGCAGGAUUCGUAGCAAACGUUUUCUUCAUCGUGGUCAGCCAAGAAGUCUUCAACCAGCGGCCCACCGUCCCUAACCUUCUCCUCAAGUACUUAGCGUGGACCGAUGUCCUGAACUGUUCCUUCGGCGUUGUACCUAUCAUCUUGGCGUACCACUUAAAGAUCUUCACCCGAGGAGUGUGCGCGUUCCACGGGACUGUCUUUACAGCUUUCAGCGUGGCUUCUCAGAUGGUUGUUGCCUUGAUGUCCACAGACCGGUACCUCGCGUUAGUUCAUCCAUUCUUCUACUCCAAAUAUCUCCUGAAAUGCCAUCGGAAAAUGACUGUAGCUGUUUAUAUAAUCUUCGUGUACUCUGGCGUCUCGGCGAGUUUGCCGCUCUUUGGGUUGAACAGAAACGUGCCGCAUCCGCCAAACUCGUACUGCAUGUUCGACUGGGCCGAUCAGACGCCGAAAGGUCGACUUGUGGUGUACCUGAACCUCAUGAACAUGUUCCUGUGUUUGCUUCUGAUCAUGAUUAUGAACGGGGUCGUCGGCGUGUACAUGUAUCGGUUGAGGAGACUUGGUCCGAAGCCUUGUGUUGCUUCUGAAUCUAGAACGGGGCCGCCCACCGAGUCUCAUCACAGACAAUUACAGCUUCAGAUGACAAAGUUGACCUUCGUGGUUGCUAUCGUGUUCUUCUGUUGCUGGUUUCCCUUUGCCUUCCGUGUCCUGACCAAUCAGCUCGGAGUAUGGGGAAACGAGGACGCUGAUUGGUUCGCGUCACGACUGAUGACGAUGAACAGCGUCAUCAACCCUUUCCUCUACGUCAUCAUGUGGAAACCCUACCGCAAAGGAUGCUGGGCGUUGCUGAAGACCUGCCUACACUACAUGACUUGUACCUUGGUUAAGCGACCGACAAUAACUCUACACCAAGCUGUUUCUGUAUGA